AUGACACAUAAUGGCAACGUGUCCUCAUCUACGCAAGAUAUCUGUCAGGUGUUCUCUGAAAAAUUUGCUAGUAUCUUCACGGACGAGAGACUGAGUGACGACCAUGCCCGACUGGCUGCCAGUUACGUACCACACUCUGGCCAAACCAUGUGCAGAAGUGACAUCAAUCCCGAGAUGUUUUUCAGGGCUUCCUCGAGACUCAAGUCGUCGUACAAUCCGGGUCCUGACGGAAUUCCAUUGGCGUUCCUCAAAACGCACUUGGACAGUUUGUUGUCUCCACUGCUGCACGUUUUUCAACGGUCUGUGGACGUCGGUGUUUUUCCAUCCUGUUGGAAGCUAGCGCACAUGUUUCCUGUACAUGAAAAAGGCAACAAACAGGAUGUUGGCAACUACCGUGGCAUUGCUUCGCUUAGCGCUGUUGCUAAAUUGUUCGAACUCGUUGUUAUGGAACCGUUCCUUGAUCACUGUAUUUAA